AUGGGGAAAUCGUCGGGUCUGCCGAUACGGCUCGUGCAUGCGCAUGACGAGCUAAAAGAUCUCCUCUGCAAGACAUGUGCUCAUACAGGCUAUCGUCCCGGCCAUGCACCAGAACUGAUGCUCGAGCGUCUCUCGCGCUGUGGCGAGAUGGGUCGCUAUCAUCUGUCGAAAGCUUGUCUGCCCAGCGACCGGAUCGUACAGGAGCUUGAGCAAUUCGAUGGCACGCUUCCUGGACAGGAUGAGCUCUCAACACGCCAGCUGGUCAUCUACAAACUCUAUCUCGGUCUCCUAUCUGGACCGUCUCAUUCGUUCGAAUAUGCGCUCGAUGAUUCGCAGCGGCAAUACGCAUGCGAAACCUGCCACAAGCCUUUGGAUUUCGGCAAAUCGCUUGUCGGUGUGGCGAGCUCGACCGGCCAGCAGAGGUAUUUCUGCAGAAUAGAAUGUACUCCAGCAGAGUUGCAGCGUCCUAGGGGCACAAGCGAUGCUGCCACGCCGGCGUUGCAGCCCGUCCUGCGAGCACCCGCAGUCACGCGAUCGAAGCCGCCACUAUCCGAAGCACGUCGCGCGAUAGCCGAGCCAGCUUUGCUGGACUUGCUCAUGCCUGCUAUCAGUCUGGCGCGCGUUCAUUUGGAGCAAAUAUCCCAGACAAAGCUCGAAUGGCUUCGUGAAGCAGGUGAUGCGCGGCUGCUCCUUGAUCGAGAUCUCUCUGGCCUGAUAGCCAAAGCUGCUUCGUCCAGUAGCGACUCUCUAUCCGCACCAGAGGAGCUAUCGAGCGACAGUGAUGACUUUUCGUCAGAUCCAGACGACGUGCCUGCUGUCUCUCCUCGCCAUCUGCGCACGAGGUCACGCUUCGAUCCAUCUACGUCUACGUCUGAGGGCGAAGGCGCGACGGACCAAGACACACCCAAGCUUUCCCGAUUGAGCAAAAAGCAGCGUCAAGCCCUGGCAAAGGCUGCACGGAUUCAGCAAGCUACGGAAUUGACGCCCGGGCAAACGAAAAGUGUACCGACAACCUCGUCAUCCCGGAGCGUUCGCUUCGAGUCGACGUCUCUGCUGGAGCCAUCGCUGCUCGGCAAGAGCCUGACCAGGAGUGGCGCAGCCACAGUUCUCACAGAGGUCGAAAAGGCACGAUCUGUCAGCCGUAAACUGAGCACGCUCUUCCCAGAUGAAGACAUGUCCGAGCUCUAUGGCGCUUCGAGUGGAGAUGCUCUCCUAUCCGCUUCACCUGGGUCUCUGGCGCGCGACUACACCUGGGCUGAUGCAAAGCGUAGCUCGGGCAUGCAUGGCUUCUUUGCUGCCGAUCCUGCGCCCGCUGAACUCUUCUCGACAACUCUAGCUCCACGGCGAUCUGCAGUCAAAGGCGGACCCGUCUUCAUCUUUGUAGACCAUUCUAACAUUCUCUAUUCGUGGCUGGAAUGGCUCAAGAAUACUAAAACCUACCCUCAUCCUUGGCCGAAGAUGAAGAGACCCCGAAUUGACUAUACCACGCUGUUCGCCAUUCUUGAGCGAGGCCGCAACAUCGCCAAAAGAAUGCUUGUAGCCAGCAGUCCGCUACACCAGAGUCUCGAGCCAGUUGUGCAAGCUCAGUAUGACGUUGCGGUGCUCCAACGUGUGCCACAACAGAUCAGCUCGAGCAUGGUCAAUCAGCUCUGGAGUAGCAGUCACUCCAAGGUGCCUGGAGUACAUCGAGGAACGGGUGGCUUUGUGACUGAUUCAGGAGAGGACUCGGACUACUACGGCGAGCGUUCGAGCGUGCGAAAGACGCAAAAGGAGCAGGCCGUCGACGAAGUUCUCAAUCUCUCCAUACUGGAAACUUUGCUCGACUUUGAAGUCGCGACUGAUGAGAUGCCGACGAUCGUCCUCGCGUCGGGCGAUGGCGCGUCCUCAGAGUUCACUUCGGGCGGGUUUCACAAGACGGCGGAGCGAGCGUUACAGCGAGGCUACAAUGUUGAAAUUGUCAGCUUCAGCGCCGGCAUGAGUUCGAGCUGGAAACGAUCUGCCAAGCUACAUGAUGCCAGAUCAAGCGCCCGGCUAACCAUUGUCACACUAGAUCAAUUUGGCAGGGAGUUGCUACAAGAUUGA